AUGUCAACAGAUAAUAUUAAUAUUCAAGAAACGUUGAAAGAACAAAGAAAAUUAUUAUCAAAAAAUGAAGAAUUAAUUAAACAAGAAAAUGCUUUACAGAGAGAAUAUACAGUGAUGUUGAGGAAAUUGGUCUCUAUUUCCAAUGUACUAAAUGAUCUACAAAUAGAUGAGACCAAACAUUUUGAAAAUAGUAAUAAAGAAAGUGUUGAUACGACAUCUAAUAUAAAGGAUAGCACAUUACCGAACCUGAAAAAUGUUUCUAAUGAUACUACUAUAAACACUAAUGAUAAUAAAAUACCAUCUUUAAUACCCAAUAAAUUGUUAGAAAGUGUAUCUGAUUUAAAUUGGUAUAAUGAUCAAAUUAAAUAUAUAAGAAGUUUAGAGGAUAAAAACUCUGAAAUGGAAUUUGAUAUACCUGAAGCAUUGGACAAUGCUUGGAAAAUAUAUAAAGAAACCCCAUUGUAUUAUAAUGAAGGGGUCACAUAUGACAGUAAUUAA